AUGGAGGCCGUACUGGGCUUCCUCGUGGUACUGGCCAUCAUCGCGUUGCUCUUCUUCUUCCUGAGUAUGCUGGCCAGGCGCGCGUAUAUCCGCCGACAGCGCUCGCUGGAGCUGCAUGCACCGCUGCUCAACUCGGAUGAUCGCCGUCUGGACGCAGCACUGAGGGAUGCCGAACAAGGUUUCAAUGAAUGUACGGUAUGCAGCUUUGAGAAUUUCAAGCGCUUCAAGUUCUGUACAGUCUGUGGAGAAGCCAUUGUCAGUGACGAACAGGAUGGAGAUCGUGAUAUGAAUAUCAGCAAAAAACGAUCGACACGGCUCUCAUUUUUACCGCUGCUUAAACGUGAAACCAAAGUGGAGUUGGUCACUGUGACGCCUCCAGAGCAAACAACUCGGCGUCGUCUACGAGCUCAGCGACGCAAAGAGUGGACGAGGAAAAUAGACGUUGCAGGCUGUGCGUUCUGGUUCAGAGAUGGUCGAUGGGGUGAUACGCAGUUUACCGGAUUCGUUGUAAAGUUUCAGUCCACGCCAGCAAUGGCUGACAACGGCAUGGAAAAGCUGUUGCCUAACGCCGUCGGAGAAGGAGAAUCGUCACUACCGCCUUCAGAAUGUGGAACUGAUGUUGUGACGGUUGCGUCUUCUGUUAAAAUGGAUACCCCCGACCCGAACCCGGUCAGUGCAGAGGUGAAUACUGAGAGCGUCGAGCAAGAUAGUACCCAGCAACCUUUGGUUGGAUCGAUUGACGGUUGCAUUGCCACCUUAAUACGGGGUACACAAGAGCAGCACGUUGUGCUUACUCCAUCGACUGAUACGACCGUUGAUGCUUCAAAGCUGCCUCUCGGUAAUUCUACGUCCACAGAGGAUAAUGCUUCAACGCCUCUAACCGAGAUAAUGGCACUUGCUGCAAAAGAUUUCCCGUCAAAAUACGCUCAUUUCGUCACUGCAACGUCGGCGCUGCUUAUUCCAGCAGAGAAAGAGCACUUGCGGCUCAACGUAGAGCGGGCAAAUGUGUUUGAAGACUCGAUGGAGUCUCUGGCUAUUAUUCCACUUCAGAAUGUGCACUCUGUCCUGCGCAUUAAUUUCCUGGAUGAGAGUGGUGUUGACGCUGGUGGAUUGCACCGUGAAUGGUUUGUGCUUCUGAAUGAAAUGCUGGUAGAUCCUGCCCGUGGAUUAUUUGUAUGCACCAACGAGAACGAGCAAACCUACUUUUUGAAUCCCUGCUUCACUGCAAAUUCCUUACCGGACCAGCUACUACAUCUGUAUGCAACCGGUCGACUACUGGGUCGCGCAUUGCUCGAAGGCUCUAUGCUAUGCUUUCAUCUUGCGCCUCCUCUGCUUAAACUCAUGCUUGGUUAUCCACUAAGUUUCGCCGAUGUAGAGGACCUGGACCCAGAAGUGUACACAAAUCUACGUUGGCUGUUAGACAAUGAGAACGUCGAGUCAAUUGGACUGUACUUCACCGUGACAGUCAAGGAAGAAGAGAAGUAUCGUGAUGUCGAGCUCGUCCCUGGUGGUAGCUCCAUCGCAGUCACCGACAGCAACAAGCGCGAGUAUGUUGAGCGGAAGUGGCAGUACCUUCUAGUGGAGAGCGUGGCACCACAAUUACAAGUCUUUCUUUGUGGCUUGUACGAAAUCGUUCCACGUGAGCUGUUGCUACUAUUCGAUCCGGAGGAGUUUGACUUCCUGUUGUGCGGAUCUGAUGAGAUUGACGUCGAUGACUGGGAACGCAAUACGAAAUAUUCGGAAGAACUGCACCACCAUCGUUCAUUGAUUUGGUUUUGGGAGUUGGUGCGCGAGAUGCCAAAUGAAUAUCGUCGCCGAUUGCUACAGUUCUCCACUGGUUCAUCACGUGUACCUCUCGGUGGGUUUAGUGCGUUGACGAGUUACGAUGGUCGCUUAUGUCCAUUUACUCUGAAGGCAGUGUCACUGGUAGGUGAUGGCUUCAUCCACAGUCAUGCUUGCUUCAACCGGCUAGACCUGCCACUUCACGUUGUUCGUGAUGAAUUGAAGGCUGUGCUAUAUGCUACGCUGGAAACAGAAGUCUAUGGCUUUACUACGGACUGA